UCCUCCGCGACGGUCGGAAGUGGUGAGGCGGCUCCGGGGGCCGUUGUUCAGCUUGGGGGCUGACUGAGGAGGGAGGCUUCAGUGUCCCUGGCAGGCGGUUCGUGUUGGCGUCUUUCGUCUCGUCCCAGGAACAGCUAAAGAUGGCUGAAUUUCUAGAUGACCAGGAUACUCGACUGUGUGACAAUUGCAAAAAAGAAAUUCCUGUGUUUAACUUUACCAUCCAUGAGAUCCACUGUCAAAGGAACAUUGGUAUGUGUGCUAUCUGCAAGGAACCAUUUCCCAAAUCUGACAUGGAGACUCACAUGGCUACAGAACACUGUCAGGUGACCUGCAAGUGUAACAAGAAGUUGGAGAAGAGGCAGUUAAAGAAGCAUGAGGAGACUGAGUGUCCUCUACGGCUUGCCCUUUGUCAGCACUGUGAUUUGGAACUUUCUGUUCUCAAACUGAAGGACCAUGAAGAUUACUGUGGUGCCCGGACGGAGUUAUGUGGCAGUUGUGGGCGCAAUGUUCUGGUGAAAGAUCUGAAGACUCACCCUGAAGUUUGUGGGAGAAAUGAGGAGGAAAAGAGAGAUGAGGUUGCCAUGCUACCUAAUGCGUAUGAUGACUCCUGGGGUCAAGAUGGGAUCUGGAUUGCAUCCCAGCUCAGACAAAUUGAAGCUCUGGACCCACCCAUGAGGCUCCCUCGAAGGCCCCUGAGGGCCUUUGAAUCAGACCUUUUCCAAAGUAGGACCACCAGUCAAAGGAGCGUGACAGCCCAGUUUCCAAUUCAGAAUAAUCUAUUGGAAGAACAAGAAAGUCAGGAAAGGAAUAGAAGACGACAGACGCCCAAAGAGGGUGGUGAAGACAGUGCAAACUUGGAUUUCAUGUUGGCUCUAAGUCUGCAAAAUGAAGGACAGCCCCCCAGCAUGACAGAGCAGGACCUUUGGAGGGUCGUAUGUGAGGCAGACCAGUCCCAUGAAGGUCCUAGUGCUCUGAAUGACAUAAGGGGUGCAGCUGACGGGACCAUGUUGCCUUGUGAAUUUUGUGAGGAGCUCUACCCAGAGGAGCUGCUGAUUGACCAUCAGACAAGCUGUAACCCUUCAUGUGCCUUACCUCCACUCGGUGUGGGUAGCACCUCGCCCAAAGGGAUGGAGGACCCUGAUGUCAUCUUCCAGGAGAUAAUGCAGCAGGCUGCAAGAAACCAGUUAGACUCUUUGGGCCUGAGGAGUUCACCUCCUGUGGAGGACAGCAUCAUCAUCCCAUGUGAAUUCUGUGGGGUCCAGCUGGAAGAAGAGGUGCUAUUCCAUCACCAGGACCAGUGUGACCAACGCCCAGCCACAGCAAAUAACCACGUGUCGGAGGGGAUUCCUAGACAGGAUUUCCAGCCUCGAGGAACCUCACCAGAGCUGCCCAAGAGGCGUGUCAGACACCAGGGAGACCUGUCUUCUGAUUACAUGGAUGAUAUCAAGCAGGAAAUGGCUAAAGGGCCCACCUACCCCCUACCCCUCAGCAGACCCAUUAACAACAUGACAGCUACUUCUAACCGCCUGUCAGGAUCCACAUCAGGCCCCAGACCUGGGUGCCAGCCCAGCCCCCCUCGCACACUGAAGCUCAACAACUUAGACAACCAGGGCAUCCGGGGGCGCAAUCGAAAUAGCCAUAAUGGGGCCCUGGCCUCUGAGCACAUUCCAGCAGUUCACCCUGCUCGAAGUCUCUACCCUGAGAACCUUGUGUCUGCUUUCCCCCGGGGGCCUUCAGGGAGAUAUGGGGCAAGUGGUAGAAGUGAAGGUGGUAGGAACUCCCGGGUCACCCCCACAACCACAAGUUACUGCAGUAGAACUGUGAAGGCCAAACCCCCCAAGCAGCAGGGUGCUGGGGAUGCAGAGGAGGAAGAGGAGGAGGAGUAACGGUGUCUGCAGAGAGCUUGCACAUUGCUUUCAUCGUCUCUGCACAACUUGCUGUGGUGCAGCCCCGCCCUUUGGGCUCUCUGGGCAGGGGCGUUCUUAGAGAUUUCAACUUUUUCUAAGUUAUGGCCGUUUUGUGUCUUUUGAGAUUGUGCUGUGGAAGUUUGGGGAUUUAAGGGAGGGUUAGCAGGGAGGCUGCUGAGAAUGUUUCACCUUUAGCUGCUUCCUUUUGGCAGCACAGAAAUGUAAGUUAUGGCCUCUCAGCCCACCAGGGCUCCAUCUUUUGACAUACUGUCACCACUGCUUCUUGGUGCUAUGUGGUCCUGGUGGAAAGAGGGAGGGUUCUGGAGACCUGGUACUCACCACUGAGGUGAUGCUCUUCCCUGUGGGAGCCUAAAUUUGGGAACUUAGGGGCAACCUCUCCUGUGUAUUGCCUGUUCCCACUCUAGAAUUUGGGCCUCAGGUGUGUGAGGAAGAGCUUUGGUAAAGUGUUCAGGCCAGUUGCAAUAUGUAUUAGGAACAAGGCUUUUAGAGAUGGAUUGAGUUACAGGUGAGUGGACGAGGGGCUUUGUUUUAAUCUGCUUCUAUGGCAUUUGGGAUCACUGCCUUCUGUUUCUAAUGGGGAGCACGGCUCCUUUGUCUUCACUGCCUUCUGGAGAAGGUGGGGAGCUCUCUGUCCUCGCCAGGGCCAUGCUGGGCUCUACUGUAAUUAGGACUGAGGCCUAAGCUCAUGGCUUGCUCUGAAAACCAAGUAUCAGAGUCUGUUUCCCCUGUUUUUAUUUUACUAUUAUUAUUAUUAAUAUCCUUGUAAUAGAAAUAAAGUUUGUACUUGGAGUUCA